AUGGUCGAACUGGCCAUGCUGUGUGAUUUGUUGGAUCAUGACAGCAAUGGCCAUCUGAAUCUGGACGAAAUGCUACAGGGCUUUGACACAAAUGAGACGUUCUGGAUGCUGAUGCAGCACUUUGACAUUUCCAGGUCGGAGGUGGAGGUGGUCUUCAACGUGUUGAGUGGCGGGAACGCGGAGGUGAAUUACAUGGAGUUCUGCCAGCACCUGAGUGCCUUCAAUAAGCGCGAUCCCUUAAUGAUCCAGCAGCUCAUCAAGUAUUCCGUCAUGGAGCUGCGUAGUGUCUUGAAGCAGGAUGUCAUGGAGGCAUUGCAGAAGCAGAAUGAGAUGUUGGAGGAUCAUUUAGAGCUGCUGGCGCACGUCCCCUCCUGCUCUCAAGUGGCCGAGGAUCUGAAAAGAAGAAGAUCUCUCCGCGAAGGCGCCAAAGGUCCCCCUUCGACCAAGACGACCCAGGACCCAGCAAGGCCUGAGCGAGAGGAGACAUUGGUGCCAUCACUGCCAUCAGGGCCAUCACUGAAUCUGGAUGAAGUGGCUGACGCGUUGGAAGCUGCUUGCCGGAGCUUUGAGAGCAUGGAGGCAGAGCUGGAGGAGGUGAUCGGAAAAGCCGAGCAGAUCCCCAAGAGCCUCAUGCAGAAGGCGCCGCUGGCAGCCCCUCCAGUGAAUAUUCUGAAUAUCUGA